AUGUCCUUGUGGACCCCAUACUCGGAGGAGGCUUUAGACUUAAGUCGAGCCACAUUGAAGAAGGAACGAGCGUCUCCAGCACCGGUGAACUUGACUUACACCAACAAUAAUGUUCCUGGAUAUAUAUACCCUCAACAGGCAGUGUCUCCACCCGACAGACUACCUAACCCACACCCGUACUAUGUUGGAUAUCAUGAGGCUGCUUGUGUACCAUCUGCCCAGAUAUCUCCGGACUCUGUCGGAAGCACAUGGUCACCCAGGUCUUACUGCAAGUCGUUAUCGUCGCCGGAUUCUCCAGACGCUUACGAUGCUGAAUCUCUUUCCGAUGACGUCGAGUACCAGGCCUUCGAAAGGGACGCACUAAGAGCCAUGGCGGAGAAGAACGGAGGGACCCUUUUGGGUAACAAUCCGAGAAUGCGAAGGGCUGUGCAGACGAAUCAGGCAGCCGACGACUCUUACAGAAAGCAGAGGGAGAGGAAUAAUUUCGCGGCGAAACAGAGUAGAGAUAGGAGGAAACUAAGAGAAGUCCGGCUUGCUUUUCAAGUUACGUUUCUGAAGAAGAAGUUGGCAGAUUUAAGAGCACGGCUUGAGGAGAGGAUCUGUAUUCGUUGCCAGCAGCAGUGUAGAUGUUAA